AUGCCGUACCAUCGAUUGUUCAGUGCAAAACGCAUCGCAGUUUCCCACAUUUCGAAUGAAUUGGGCUAUUCAGUGCUGAAAUCGCGUUGCCUCGUUGCCAGCUUUCUCGGAAUCCUCGUCUUGAUCUGUUACAUCGAAUCCACAGAGUGGGGUCAUCACCUCUUCACUCGUCAUCGACAGAACAUGGAACGUUUUACCUUCAUGGAAGCCUCGAUUUCGGACACUUCGACGGAAAUGAUUUUGGACACUUCAACGGAAAUGGUAGACUUAACUGUUUGUAAUUGCACGUGUGGUAGUGCGGCCGCGAGAAGAGGGCCGCACCAGAAAGUUAUUGGUUUUUCUGUUUACGGCGAUCUCUCACGCGUCGAUAUUGUCCAGAAAUAUCUCCUCCCACUUAGGGAGACAAUCAAAACGAUUCCCUCCAUCUAUCCAGACUGGAUUGUACGAAUUUAUCAUAAUGUGAUAAAAGAAGAUGAUGUUAAUUCAUCAUGGACAAUUUUCCAAAACGUGUUAGACGUUGGAAGUCACGUCGACCUGUGCAAUGUCACAGAGAUCGUCAAUCAUUGGAAAAUGAAACAAGAUUUAUUCGCAAUGACAUGGCGUUGGUUGCCAUUGCUCGAUGACAUGGUGGAUACUUUCAUGUCCAGGGAUUCAGACAGUCUGAUUGUUGUGCCCCGGGAACAGGACGCCGUUCGUGAAUGGCUGGCUAGCGACGACAUCUUUCACACUAUGAAAGACCAUCCUGCUCACUGUAGUACCUCAAUGCUGGGAGGAAUGUGGGGAGUUAAACUGAGCGAGGAUCGUCCACGAAUCAUUAAUGCCUUUGAGGCUAUUUUCGGAACGCAUCACGAAACCACGUAUGGCUACGAUCAGUCUCUCCUGACAGAUCACGUUUGGCCAAUCGCAAAGACGAGUGUAAUGGCUCAUGACAGUUAUUGCUGUUUAAAUUCCAGCGUGAGCAGGCCGUUUCCUAGUAAGAGAGGCGAGGGUUUGCUCUUUGUCGGCGGAAGGAACAAACCGGAAGAACGUCUCAGAUGGCCUUGUCCGCCAAUGUGCCGUCCAGCAAACGUCACCAGCGAAUGGAUUUAUUGUUGA